AUGUGGCCUCUUCCCCCCAUUCAUAAAUCCAGCGCCGGGCGAGGAAGGCAGGCGGGGCAGAGCAGAGCGCAGCGGCCGGGCGGGCGGGGGCUGCGCAGGGCGAGGCGGCAGCUGGAAAACAAGCGCGCUCGCAGGAGCGAGCCUCGGGGGCUCCUGGUCUCCCUCCGGCGCUGGCAGCGGCCGCCACGCUCCACUGGCGCCUUUUCCUCCGGGGCCCCGCCUAGCCCAGACGCGCCCUUCGCGGGGCGGGGUGGGCGGGGCGCGGCGCGGGGCCCAUCCGGCUCACUGCAGGCCCCGGCGACCGAGCGCAGUCUUCCUUCCCGGAGCCGAGCCCCAACCAAGCGCGUCACCUCCUCGCCGCCAGUGCCCAGCCCAGCGCGCCGCCCCUGCGCGCCUCCGCCGGCAGCCCCUCCAGCCCCCCUCGGCCCUGCUCCGCACCUCCCCCGGGCCCGCAGCUCCUCCCACUGCAGCCUGCCGACACCGAAGCGCUCUCGACCCCUGACCUCUAACCUCCGCCCGGCUCUUCUUGCUUCGUCGGUCGCCCCCUCCCCGCCAAGCUGGUCGCACUGUUGCCGUUUCACUGCGGCUGACGGAAGGCCAAGGAAGAAAGAGGGUAGAGACGCUGUCGCGAGGAUCAGGCUGCCCUCUCCUUUCCCAGGCACCGUGUUGGGGCCUUCUGAGCACCCCGCCCCGCAUCCUGCGCCUCAGAGGCCCAACGGAGCCCAGGACACCCAUGCUCUCCGCCUCUGUCCCAGCCACCAAAGCCCCCGCGAUGGAAUGGGGGACGGGGUGGCCUUGGGCAGAGAAGCGCUUCUUGUGCCGGAUUGGAAGGAAACCGUAGCUCUGGCUGUGUUCACCGCGAAACGUGUUGUGGAUGUGGGAUGGCUUCAGGCAGCCUCCAUGCCUGUCUGACGUAAGGAGAUCUUGAGGCAGAAAUGAAAGGUGACACCUGUGCACCUUCCCAUUUCCAGAUCAGGCAGUACCUAGCUCAACUGGGAAAAACAAGACGAGGACCUAUGUGUGUCUCCAGAAAGGUUAAAAGCCCAGUGCCAAUGCAAAGGAUUUUUACAAGCAAAAGUCUCAUUAUUAAUGAGGCCAGAAAACCAAAAUGACAAUGAUCUUUGAUGAUCUGUACUGAUAAGCAGGAGAGGUGAGUUAAUCAGAAACACACAUUUACUGGCACCCCCUUUGUGCCCAGUCCCUGCUCCUCGAAACUGAUGUUUGUAUUUCAGAGUUUAGCUGGCUUUGAGUUUGCUGCAGGGAAAAUAAAUAUCCCAAGUGUAACUGGGAAGAGAAGACCGGGGACAGGCCAGAAGCUGGAGUGAGGAAGAAAGAACCACAGAAAAUGUAAUGAAUAACUUUCAAGUCCUAUCUGGUCCACGUCCUGGCAAAGUCCAUUGGGGUCUCUCCCCUGCUUUCCGUUCAUCAGGAUGACUGAGCUCAGUAAUUCUAAGAAAGGGAGUGUAGUGGGCAAGGGGACAAAACCCAUAGUAUCCCACCCCUGAUUGACUUAUUAACUCAAUGAAUACUUACUGAAUAUCUACGAUAUGCCAGAAGCAGUUCCGGGCACUGGAAAUACAUCAGUGAAUAAAACAGCCACUCGUCCUAGUAAA